GUCGUUCGGCCCGUUCAUAUGGAUAAUAGUCGCCAUGCUCUUCCUGACGGUCUCUACCUUCCUCCUCUGGACGUGCAUUCAGCUCAUGCACGCCUUUGAGGGCGACUGCCAGCACUUAGCCGUGGCGCAGCAUGAGCUGCGUGCUGCUCGAAUGGAAGCCGAGGCGGCGAGCCGGGCCAAGGGCGACUUCCUAACCACCAUGAGCCACGAGAUCCGCACUCCCAUGAAUGGCGUCAUAGGCAUGCUGAACCUGCUGCUGGAGACCCCAUUGGACGGCGCGCAGCAGGACUACGCGGAGACGGCGUGCAGCAACGGGCGGGCGCUGUGUGCGCUGAUCAACGACAUUCUCGACCUCUCCAAGAUCGAGGCCGAGAAGCUCUGCCUCGAGCGCAUCCCCCUUGAUCUCCGCGCCGAGCUGGACGACGUGCUCGCUCUGUUUGUGGAGAGUGCUGAUGAGAAAAGAUCGGUAGAGCUUGCCGCGUUUGUGGCUGACGACGUGCCCGAAACGAUGCUUGGGGAUCCGCUCCGAGUGAAGCAGAUACUCAUCAAUCUCAUCGGCAACGCAUUCAAGUUCACCACCAAGGGCCAUGUCUUCAUUGCCGUGCGCCUCGCAACCCCCGCUGACAGCAACAAUACCAACGAUGAUGCCGGUGGCCCCCCAUCGCUGCUCUCAGCUGCAUCCUCCACGUCCUCCUCAUCACCCUCACCAUCACCACCAUUAUCCCCCCACUCCAGAAAAUCACCCACCAGGCACCACUCCCUUGCCAAUUGCUUCACCAGUGCAAACAACUGUAGAGAGGGGAAGGAUGCAGCCGAGGGAGGUGGGGCCACUGCUGGUGCGGAUGGGAGGAGCGGUGCUGCUGCUGGUGGCACCAAUAUCACUCGUGGUGCCGAUGUUGGCAGCACUAGUGGCAGCGGGCCUGUUGCGCGUGCCGACGUUGGGCCUGCUUCCACUGACCCUGGGUGUCUGACUCUGAGUGGCCGUGCAGCAGUGGAGACAUGGUGCUCGUGGGAGGGCAUGCGGGAGCACAUGGACCUUGCUGCCGUCGGCAUGGCGAGUCAUGGUUGCCGUGGCCCUUGCAUCCUGCCUCCUGACCAGCCCGUGCGCCUGUUGGUGGCUGUGGAAGACACAGGUGCCGGCAUCCCACGCCACGCUCGGAGGCACAUCUUCCGGCCGUACACACAGGCAGAGCGCAGCACGGCACGGCUGCAUGGAGGCACGGGCAUCGGCCUCUCCAUCUGCAAGCGCCUGGUGUCACUGAUGGGCGGAUCCAUCUCCUUUGUCUCAAAGCCAGGCGUCGGCACCACCUUCCUCUUUGAUAUCCUCCUCCACACACCCCCUCUCUCUCACCCUCCUCCCUCCCUGGCUCAACCUCCCCAACCCCACACAACUACUCCUGAACUCAGCACUCCGCCUCGUGCCCCUGUCCCACUUCUCUCCUCUCUCUCACUCCCUCCUCCCCUGCUUUAUGCAUCUCCAACCUCUAAGCCGUCCUCUGCCUCUCCCUCGGGCACAAUAUCCAUCCCCACUCCUCUUCCUCAACGCUCCUGUAUGGCCCCCCAAGGCACAACCAGCCAGCAGCAGCAGAAGCAGCAUCAGGCAGCAUGUGGGCUACAGGGAGUGUGUGUGGUGAGUGGUGGGAGUGGUGGGAAGGCAGCAUGUGCGCCAGGCGGCGUGUGUGUGGUGAGUGUGGACGACCGGCCGAUGCAGGGGCAGGAGCAGGAGCAGGAGCAGGAGCAGGAGCAGGAGCAGGAGCAGGAGCAGGAGCAGGAGCAGGAGCAGGAGCAGGAGCAGGAGCAGGAGCAGGAGCAGGAGCAGGAGCAGGAGCAGGAGCAGGAGCAGGAGCAGGAGCAAGAGGAGGAGCAGGAGGAGGAGCAGGAGGAGGAGCAGGAGGAGGAGCAGGAGGAGGAGCAGGAGGAGGAGCAGGAGCAGGAGGAGGAGCAGGAGGAGGAGCAGGAGCAGGAGGAGGAGCAGGAGGAGGAGCGGCUUCCCUUCUCACAAACCAACACAGGACCUAUCAGCAACCACUCAUAUCGUCCUCUAAAGCCUCGUCUUGAGCCGUUGAAUUGUGCUCUCGAGCCUCCUCUUGAGCCGCUGACUCAUCCUCUCGAGCCUCUGACUCAUCCUCUCGAGCUUCCUCUUGAGCCAUUUGGCUCGCCGGCUGUUCUUGUCGCUUCUCUUGCCUUCCGCCCCUCCGCCUCCACCCCCUCUGCUUCCUCCGAACGUUGCUCCCCUCUCUCUCUCGCUCCCCUUUCCCGCCAGUCCUCCUGCCCUCCUCUUUCAGUCACUGCCUGCUCUUCGAGCGAGAAGGGAGUGGGUGGAAGGGAGGAGGAGCAGCAGCGGCAUCAGCGGCGGCAGAGGCAGCAGCGCUGGUGGAAGAAGCAGGAGGAAGAGGGAGAGGAGGAGGGGGUUGAGGAGGAGGAGGUGGAAGAAGGAGAGGAGGAGCACGAGGCAGAGGAGGAAGAAGGAGAGGAGGUGAAUGGAGAGGGGGGAUUGCAGCAGCAGCAGGUGCACUACAAGAGCUUGAGCAAGGAGGAGAGGCGGGGAUGGGUGGGGGCGGUGGUGGUGGAGGGGGAGAUGAUGCAGCGGUUAGGCGUCACAGCAGAUCAAAUCCAUUCUCUUUUGAUGGACCAGGGAGGGGUUGGGAUGGCAGGGUCUGGUGAGCUGAUGAGCGAGCAAGAGCAGAUGAGUACGAGUGAGCAGAUGAGCAAGCAAGAGCAGAUGAGUACGAGUGAGCAGACCUCCAAGGGAGGGCACCUGGGGGUGGGUAGGGACGAAGGUGAGGAGAUACCAAGGGAGAGACUGAGCAGGUGUGCAGUGGAGGAGAAUUCGCACGGCAGCGAGUGCAGCAAGAAUAGCAAUAACUGUGGAAGGUGGCCCAUCCCCUUCCUUGUGCUACUGCAUGGCUCGUUCCCCCUCCCACCCAGCCCUCUUGCCAGAAGCCUAACUGCAGCCGACAGCUUCAGCCCGAGGGAUGCUUAUAAAGGGGACAGCUUUUCCCAUGAACUGGAUUUGGACGGUCACAGGGAGGUCGGCUGCAACUGGUCGUUGGCGUGCACCAGUGAGGAGGAGGCAUCGGAUGGAGGGCAGCAGCAGCAACAGGGCAUGGAUGGCAACAGUGGCUCGUUGGCGAACCGAUCAGCUUCCCUCGAACACCUGGUUGAAGCAUUUGCACCUGCACCUGCACCUCCUGCUGCUGCUGAUGAUUUGGAAGGUUUGGCAUCGAGUGCUGCUGCUCCGGCAGGUUUCGCAUUGGUGGCCGGUACAGCGUGUGGAGGUGGUAGGUCGGCGGGAGGUAGAGCCCUUGGGAGAGGCACCAGUGCUGUGGAAGCAGCUGGUUCAGGCAAAAGGAGGGCAUGGGUGCACGGUUCAGCAGGCGAAAGGAAAGCAGCUGGGCAGUCCCGUGCAAGACAGAGUGAUAAGAGGCAUAGCACAAGCAGCAGUGGUGCUGGUGGCGAUGAUGGUGCUGAUGUUGCUGCCGCUGCUGGUGCUGGUGGUGGUGGCAGAGUGAGUGGGUUUGAGAAUGUGCUGGAUUUCGCAGGGUUCUCUCCUGCUACUUCGUGCUCCUCGCUUGGGACAUUAUCGCCUGCCCCUACACGCACACCAUCGCCGUCACUCUCACCAGCCCCAGCACCAGCAGCAUUCCCAACAGCAGCACCGCCAGCAGCACCAGCCGCAACAGCAGCGGCACGAGAGCCGGCGACGGUAGGGGAGGGGUUGAGCGUGCUUUUGGGGAGGCAGGUGAUGGUGGUGGAUGACAAUGUGAUCAACCGCAAGGUGGCCAGCAAGCUGUUGGAGAGGCACGGCGCGCGAGUCACCGCCGUGGAUGGCGGCACCAAGGCCCUUCACGCCCUCGCCCCGCCCCACCCCUUCCACCUCGUCCUCAUGGACCUCCAGAUGCAGGGCAUGGAUGGGCUGGAGGCGACUCGCAGGAUCCGAGCGCGGGAGAGGGCUCAGGGCGGGGGGCAUGUGGCCAUCAUUGCGCUCACAGCGGAUGUGAUUGCCGGCACGCGCCACCACUGCUUUGCCGUCGGAAUGGAUGCCUACCUCUCCAAACCCCUAGAGGAAAUGCAACUUUCCAAGGCCGUCUGGCGCUGCCUCGCCAAUACAUGA